UCAAAAAAAUAUUAAGAUCAAAAAAAUUCUCUCCUGUUUUCUUCGUUUUCGUCUCAAUUUUUCGUGAAUUAAUAUAUUUUUUUUCCCAGAAAACAAAAAUCAUCAUACUCUUUAUUAAGUUGUUUGUUUUCUGGGAAAUUUUUUGGAGGUGAUUUAGAUCCAAAUCUGAUUUCGGUUUGCGAAAAAUAAAAUUUUGAUUUUAGAAGGAAAAGUAAGAAAAUUUUUGUAAAAAAAAUGGAGGUUUCUGUGAUUGGUAGUUCGCAGGCGAAGAGUGAAGCGACAGAAUUGGCUUACAGAGAGCUUGGGUUUUGUAGCUCGAAAGGUCAGAGUCUUAACGUUGUUGGUUUGAGGAGCAGGGUAUGUUUCGAUCAGGUUGGAAGGUGGAAGAACAACACCAGGCUUCGAUUUACUCCUAAGGCUGUACAGUCGGAACCUGUACGGUCUAAGGAAGUUUCUGGGCGAACCCGAAAGUCUAAAUCGCUUAAUGGCAUAAAGUUAUAUGUUGGGUUGCCCUUGGAUAUAGUUUCAGACUGCAAUACUGUGAACCAUGCAAGAGCCAUCACUGCUGGACUAAAGGCUCUGAAGCUUUUAGGCGUUGAGGGUGUUGAGCUCCCUGUUUGGUGGGGGAUUGUUGAGCAAGAAGCUAUGGGAAAGUAUGAGUGGUCGGGGUACCUGGCUGUUGCAGAGAUGGUUCGGAAUGCAGGUCUCAAGCUCCAUGUCUCACUCUGUUUCCAUGCCUCUAAACAACCAAAGAUCCCACUCCCAGCCUGGGUGUCUCAGAUUGGUGAAUCCGAGCCAAGCAUCUUCUUCACAGAUCGAUCAGGGAAGUGUUACAAAGAAUGCUUAUCACUGGCUGUAGAUGAACUUCCUGUUCUCAAUGGAAAAACCCCAGUUCAAGUUUACAAUGACUUUUGUGAAAGCUUCAAGUCUUCAUUCUUGUCUUCCAUGGGUUCCACAAUCCAGGGUAUUUCCAUUGGCUUAGGACCUGAUGGUGAGCUUCGCUAUCCUUCUCAUCAUCAGAAAGCAAAAGGCAGUAAAAUCCCUGGUGUUGGAGAGUUCCAGUGCUAUGACAAGAACAUGCUUGGCAAUCUGAAGCAGCAUGCUGAAGCAACUGGGAACCCUUGUUGGGGACUUGGCGGUCCUCAUGACGCUCCCACUUGUGAUCAGAUACCAACAACAAACGCUUUCUUCAAGGACAAUGGUGGAUCAUGGGAAUCGCCCUAUGGCGACUUCUUCCUCUCUUGGUAUUCAAACCAGCUCAUAAAUCAUGGGGAUCGGCUUCUUUCUAUGGCUUCUUCUGUUUUUGAGGACACUGAAGUGGAAAUUUCUGGUAAAGUCCCACUUGUGCACUCAUGGAACAGAACCAGGUCUCACCCUUCUGAGCUGACUUCUGGGUUUUACAACACAUGCCUUAGAGAUGGAUAUGAAGAAGUUGCACAGGUGUUUGUAAGGAAUUCCAGCACAAUGAUAUUGCCAGGAAUGGACUUAUCAGAUGAACACCAACUCCGUGGUUCACUUUCAAGUCCUGAGUUAUUACUAAAACAGAUUAAGAAAGCUUGCAGAAGGCAUGGGGUUGAGAUUUCUGGACAGAAUUCAUCAGUUUCAGGUGCUCCCGGGGGAUUUGAACAGAUCAAAGGGAACUUAUUGAGUGAGAAUAUGGUGAACCUGUUCACUUAUCAGAGAAUGGGCGCUUAUUUCUUCUCACCUGAGCAUUUUCCUUCAUUCACAAUGUUUGUCCGUAGUCUCAAUCAACCACAGCUACAUUCAGAUGACUUGCGUAGGGAGGAGGAGGAGGAGGAAGAAGCUGUUGAGGCCAUUCCUAUGUCUUCAGAUUCAAGCAUCAACAUGCAAGCCGCUUAAGUAAGAAUUAAAAGAACUUAUAUAUUUAUAGUCAUGUAAAUAUUGAACGUAUUACAUCUUAUAUCAUUGUAAUGAAGAGCUUUUAUUAGACAAAAACUUGACAAGGGGUUAGCCAAAUAGCUAAGCACUUUCUAGUUUUUCUUUGGAAAAAAAAAAUCAUAUUAUGUAAUAUACACUUGUGUGUAUAUGAACCAUUAUAAGCCUGUCCAUUUUUAUAAGGAUGACGUUUAUAUACUUGUUUAUGGUGUGGGACUUCAUCUUCAUUAACUUUAUUUUAUUUGUUGUUAAUCAAUUUUCAAAGUUGGAUUGAA